CACUCCGCCUACAUCGCACCUUUCUCACAGCGGUUCUGCAUCACUCUCCAAUCUCUUUCUACCCCAUGCCUGUACCCUCUCUCCAGAAAGCUCUUUUCCUUGAGGAAAAGCAAGGCCAAUGGGCUGUCAGGACCACCGAGGUUGUCAGGCCUGAAUCUGGCGACAUCGUCGUGAAAGUCGAAGCAGCCGCCCUUGGCGGUGUAGAAUGGAAGAUCCAAGCCUGGGGCGUCCUCGUCAAGAAGCAUCCCGUCAUACUCGGCCUUGAUGGUGCAGGCACGGUUGUGGAGCUCGGCGAAGGCGUCACGACGUUCGCAGUCGGUGAUCGAGUUCUGUUCCAAGGAAACUGGGACGCCGCUACAGGCACGGGAACCGGUACCUUCCUGCAGUAUUUCACAAUCCCUGCUCAGUUUGUCGCUAAGAUCCCAGACAACAUCUCGUUUGAAGCCGCUUCUACAGUGCCUCUUGGGGUCGGCACCGCGGCAUUCUCUAUCUACAACCAGGCCGACUCCGCACCUUCUGCCAGGUGUCUCGCCCCUUGGCUACCUGGAGGCCGAGGCAAGUAUGCGGGGAAGUCGGCCGUGAUCCUUGGCGGAUCGACAUCCCACGGCCAAUACGCUUUACAGUUGGCCCGUCUCUCCGGCUUCUCGCCUAUCAUCACCACUGGUUCCUUGCGCAACGCCGACCUCCUCAAGUCUUUCGGCGCCACCCAUGUCCUCGACCGCAAGCUGUCUGACGAAGAGAUCAAAGCGCAGGUGACCCAGAGCGCUGGCGGGCCCGUCGAGCUCGUGUACGACGCUGUCUCUACCGCUGCGACGUUCCCCCUUGCGCUUGCCCUGACUGCGCCUGGGGGCAACAUGCUCGUGGUCCAGGUUGCUCCAGAUAAGCUCGUUGAAGAAGCUCGGAAAGACGGAAAGACGGUGCAUAAGAUUCAUGGCGUGUUCAGGACUCCCAUCAACCACGAGAUCAGCACAACACUGUUGGCGAAGCUGCCUGAAUUGCUGGAGAGUGGCGGUAUCAAGCCAAACCGUUGGGAAGUGCUCCCAGGAGGGUUGAACGGCAUUGUAGGUGGACUUGAGCGUAUGAAGAAUGAUCAAGUCAGUGGGGUCAAGUUGGUCGUGCGCCCGCAGGAGACCGAUUGAGUCAGAAAUGAUGCCUUUCAUCUUGCUGUAGGAAUACCGCUAUUCUGCGCUACUCGCACUGCAGUCGUCCGUGCGCCGAUAUGAUAUUGAUGAUAAACAUCAGUUCCC